AUGGAUCUCCUUCGCAACCUCGCCGCCAUCCUCGACCGGCCAUUACCAUGGAAGAAAUUGAUCUUGACAUUUGCGGUCGGAGAGUUCUGCCUCGAAUCAGCGCUUCUGUACCGCCAAUACCUCGUCCUCAAGCGCACCACCAUCCCGUCGUCGAUAUCGAAAGAGAUAGACCAGGCCACAUACGACAAAAGCCAGGCUUACGGUCGGAGCAAGGCCAAGUUCUCCUUCAUCUCGAGCCUUUGGUCUCAGAUCAAGAACUACUACAUCAUACAGCAUGAUGUGUAUCCAAGACUAUGGCUCUUGACAAGCACGUGGCUGCCUCUACUACCCACCCGCUUCAGCGGAGAGAUCACCCACUCCCUCCUCUUCGCCUUCACCUACAGCUUCGCGGAAACCCUCCUCGGCCUGCCCUUCAGCUACUACUACCACUUCGUCCUCGAAGAGUCCUACGGCUUCAACAAACAAACCAUCUCCCUCUUCUUCACCGACCUAGUCAAAGGCCAAGCGCUCUCCCUCGCCUUCGGCAUCCCACUCGGCGCAGCCUUCCUCAAGAUCAUCCAGAAGACUGGCGACCAAUUCUUCUUCUACCUCUGGGCCUUCACGCUCCUCGUCCAGCUCGGCGCCAUCACAAUCUACCCCAUCCUCAUCGUCCCGCUCUUCAACAAACUCACGCCUCUCGAGCCCGGCCAACUGAAAGAGCGGGUAGAAGGCCUAGCAAAACGUCUCAAAUUCCCGCUCGCAGAACUCCAAGUCAUCGAUGGCAGCAAGCGCUCCGCGCACAGCAACGCCUACUUCACCGGCCUGCCGUGGAAAAAGAAGAUUGUCAUCUACGAUACGCUGAUCGAGAAGAGCGAGAUCAAAGAGGUGGAGGCGAUUCUGGCACAUGAGCUUGGACAUUGGAGUAUGGGACAUACCACGAAACUGCUUGGGAUCAGCAGCUUCCAUCUGUUCUAUGUGUUUGCGCUGUUUAGCGUAUUCAUCAACAACAACAGCUUGUAUGAGGCGUUUGGGUUCUUCAAUGAGAGGCCCAUUAUCAUUGGCUUUAUCCUGUUCAACGAGGUAUUGUCGCCUACGGACAGCUUGAUCAAGCUGGGGAUGAAUAUCCUGACGAGGAGGUUUGAGUUUGAGGCCGACGCCUUCUCGAACCGUCUCGGCUACAGCGCCGAACUCGCCAGCUCCCUCAUCAAGCUGCAGGUCCAGAACCUGUCUUCCAUGGAUGCCGACUAUCUCUACUCGUCAUACCAUUACUCCCACCCCAUCCUCACCGAGAGGCUGAAGGCCAUCGGCUGGAAGGGCGACAAGAAAGUCUCGACAGCCAAGUCGGCGAAUGGCAGCGCCGAUGGGAAGAAGGAUGAGCUAUAA